AUGAAAGGCCUGGGUGACAACCGCCCCCGCCACCUCUCCGACAGCCUGGACCCGCAGCACGAGCCCCUGUUCGCAGGGCCCGACCGCAACCCCUACCUGCUGUCGCCCACGGAGGCCUUUGCCCGAGAGGCCCGCUUCCCCGGGCAGAAUGCUUUGCCAGGGGACAGUCUCUUCCCUCUCAACAACCAGCUGCCACCACCGAGCAGUACCUUCCCCCGCAUCCACUAUAACUCCCACUUCGAGGUGCCGGAAGAGAGCCCCUUCCCCAGCCACGCCCAGGCCACCAAGAUCAACCGGCUGCCCGCCAACCUCCUGGACCAGUUUGAGAAGCAGCUGCCCAUCCACCGAGAUGGCUUCAGCACGCUCCAGUUCCCCCGCGGCGAGGCCAAGGCCCGGGGCGAGAGUCCCGGUCGCAUCCGCCACCUGGUCCACUCGGUCCAGAGGCUCUUCUUCACCAAGGCACCCUCGAUGGAGGGCACGGCAGGCAAGAUGGGUGCCAACGGCGGCAAGAAAGGUGGCCUGGAGGACAAGGGCCGGAGGGCCAAGAGCAAGGAGCGGGCCAAGGCCGGGGAGCCCAAACGGCGCAGCCGCUCCAACAUCUCGGGCUGGUGGAGCUCCGACGACAACUUGGACGGUGAGGGCGGCGCCUUCCGCGGCAGCGGGCCGGCCUCCGGGCUGAUGACGCUGGGCCGCCAGGCGGAACGCAGCCAGCCCCGUUACUUCAUGCACGCCUACAACACCAUCAGCGGGCACAUGCUCAAAGCCGCCAAGAACAAUACCACGGAGCUGACCGCCCCGCCGCCCCCGUCCGCGCCCCCGGCCUCCUGCCCCAGCCUUGGCGUGGGCACCGACACCAACUAUGUCAAGCGGGGCUCCUGGUCCACGCUGACCCUCAGCCACGCCCACGAGGUGUGCCAGAAGACCUCAGCCACCUUGGACAAGAGCCUGCUCAAGUCCAAAUCCUGCCACCAGGGUCUAGCCUACCACUACCUGCAGGUGCCCGGCGGGGGCGGCGAGUGGAGCACCGCCCUGCUGUCCCCGCACGACGCGGACACCGCGGCGGAGGGCCACAUCCCCUGCCGGCGCAUGCGCAGCGGCAGCUACAUCAAGGCCAUGGGCGACGAGGACAGCGACGACUCCGGCGGCAGCCCCAAGCCCUCGCCCAAGACGGCGGCGCGGCGCCAGAGCUACCUGCGGGCCACGCAGCAGUCGCUGGGAGAGCAGAGUAACCCGCGCAGGAGUCUGGACCGCCUGGAUUCCGUGGACAUGCUGCUGCCCUCCAAGUGUCCGAGCUGGGAGGAAGACUACAACCCCAUCAGCGACAGCCUCAACGACUCCAGCUGCAUCAGCCAGAUUUUUGGACAGGGCUCCCUGAUCCCCCAGUUGUUUGGCCAUGAGCAGCAGGUACGGGAGGCGGACCUGAGCGACCAGUACGAGGCGGCCUGCGAGUCGGCCUGCAGCGAAGCAGAGUCCACGGCGGCAGAGGCGCUGGACCUGCCGCUGCCGAGCUACUUCCGCUCCCGCAGCCACAGCUACCUGCGCGCCAUCCAGGCGGGCUGCUCGCAGGAGGAGGACAGUGUCUCCCUGCAGUCCCUCUCCCCACCACCCAGCACUAGUAGCCUCAGCAACAGUCGCACGCUUCCGAGUUCAUCAUGCCUAGUAGCGUAUAAGAAGACCCCACCACCGGUCCCUCCACGAACCACAUCAAAGCCGUUCAUCUCAGUCACGGUCCAGAGCAGUACUGAGUCUGCCCAGGAUACCUACCUGGACAGCCAGGACCACAAGAGUGAGGUGACGAGCCAGUCGGGCCUGAGCAACUCGUCGGACAGCCUGGACAGCAGUACUCGACCACCCAGUGUGACACGGGGUGGAAUCACCUCAGCCUCUGAGGCCCCGGAACCACCCCCAAAAUAUGCAACUCUGAAGAGUGAACAAGGGAUACUGACCAGCUCCGAAUCCCAUCCUGAGGCCAUCCCCAAAAGGAAACUGUCAUCUAUAGGAAUACAAGUUGACUGCAUUCAGCCAGUGCCAAAAGAGGAGCCCAGUCUCGCUACCAAAUUCCAGUCCAUCGGGGUUCAGGUAGAGGACGACUGGCGAAGCAGCGCCCCCUCUCACAGCAUGUCCUCCCGACGGGACACCGAUUCAGAUACCCAGGAUGCCAAUGACUCAAGCUGUAAGUCAUCUGAGAGAAGCCUCCCAGACUGUACCCCACACUCCAACUCAAACUCCAUCAACAUCGAUGCCGGCCCUCGGCAGGCCCCCAAGAUUGCCCAGAUCAAGCGCAACCUCUCCUAUGGAGACAACAGCGACCCUGCCCUGGAGGCGUCGUCACUUCCCCCACCUGACCCCUGGCUUGAGACCUCCUCCAGCUCCCCGGCCGAGCCAACACAGUCAGGGGCCUGCCGCCGAGAUGGCUACUGGUUCCUGAAGCUACUGCAGGCAGAAACGGAGCGGCUGGAAGGCUGGUGCUGUCAGAUGGACAAGGAGACCAAAGAGAACAACCUCUCUGAAGAAGUCUUAGGAAAAGUCCUCAGUGCUGUGGGCAGUGCCCAGCUACUGAUGUCCCAGAAAUUCCAGCAGUUCCGGGGCCUCUGUGAGCAAAACUUGAACCCUGACGCCAACCCACGUCCAACAGCCCAGGACCUGGCAGGGUUCUGGGACCUGCUACAGCUGUCCAUCGAGGACAUCAGCAUGAAGUUUGAUGAACUCUACCAUCUCAAGGCCAACAGCUGGCAGCUGGUGGAGACGCCCGAGAAGAGGAAGGACGAGAAGAAACCACCCCCUCCGGUCCCAAAGAAGCCAGCCAAAUCCAAGCCGGCAGUGAGCCGCGACAAGGCCUCCGACAGCGGGGACAAGCAGCGUCAGGAGGCGCGCAAGAGACUCCUGGCAGCCAAGCGGGCGGCUUCCGUGAGGCAGAACUCAGCCACAGAGAGUGCGGACAGCAUCGAGAUCUACGUCCCUGAGGCCCAGACCCGGCUCUGA